CUUGCACGCAAGCGCAUGGGUCUCUUCCACCUCAUUCUGGCCACGUGUGGCCUCGCGCUCGCCAGUGCCAUCGAGAGCAACGAGACUGUCGCCGCCAUCGAAAGCAACCAAACCGUUCAGGCCGAGGGCGUGACAACACUGGCCAAGAGCAACAAGACGUCGGCGCAAUGGAAGCCCAUGGCCAUCGCCCACGGCACGGGCUACUGGAGCGGCCAAAUCAAGAUCGUCAACAACCUCCCGGCCGUGUGCCCGUACUCGCAGAACUCGGCGACGUGGUUCUCGCCCAAUGGCCGCGGCGACCUCGUCCAAGGUCAAAGCGUGGACCUCGGGCCGUUUUGGGGCUGGUACACGCUCGGCGUCCAGGAAAACGUCUUUGCCAACUGUGCGUACCCCGGG